AAGGGGUCGUGCGUGGGUGUCAUGGCGACGGCCUGAAGGAGGUGGUUGUAUUGAGCGAGGUCGGCAUCAUGAAGACGGUGUUGAUGGUCGCCGAGAAACCUUCUCUGGCUCAAUCCAUCGCCAAGAUCCUGUCGCGGGGUAACUUCAACUCCCGGAAAGGGUUAAAUGGUGUUUGUUCAGUACAUGAGUACACUGGGAUUUUCCUGGGUCAGAAUGUUCGAUUCAAGGUGACAUCUGUCUGUGGCCAUGUGAUGACCUUGGAUUUCAUAGGUAAAUAUAACAACUGGGAUAAAGUUGAUCCAGCAGAGCUUUUCAGCAAAGCUCCAACAGAAAAGAAAGAAGCUAACCCCAAACUCAACAUGGUGAAGUUCUUACAGGUAGAAGGGCGAGGCAUUGACUACAUUGUGUUGUGGCUGGAUUGUGACAAGGAAGGUGAAAACAUCUGCUUUGAGGUAAUUGAUGCUAUUCAACCUGCUAUGAACAUUGCUCGUGGGAAUGAGAGGAUGAUUUAUCGUGCAAAGUUCAGUGCUAUAACAGAUACUGACAUUAACAAUGCCAUGAACCAAUUGGGUGAGCCGAAUCGGAACGAGGCAUUAUCAGUGGAUGCGCGACAAGAGCUGGACCUGCGAGUAGGAUGUGCUUUCACGAGGUUUCAGACCAAGUACUUCCAGGGAAAAUAUGGAAACUUAGAUAGUUCCCUCAUCUCAUUUGGACCCUGCCAGACGCCCACUCUUGGUUUCUGUGUUGAGAGGCAUGACAAGAUCCAGUCUUUCAAACCUGAGGCUUACUGGGUCUUGCAGGCAAAGAUCAGUAACUGUUCUGGGGAUUCCAUGGUUCUGGACUGGGACAGAGUGAGAGUAUUUGACCGGGAAGUUGCACAAAUGUAUCUGAAUAUGACAAAAUCCAUAACAGAAACAAAGGUGGAAUCUGUGACUAAAAAGGAGAAGGUGAAGCAGAGACCACAGGCUCUGAACACCGUGGAGAUGCUGCGUGUGGCCAGCUCUGCCCUGGGGAUGGGCCCGCAGCAUGCCAUGCAAAUAGCUGAGAAACUCUACACCCAGGGGUAUAUUAGUUACCCUCGAACAGAGACCACCCAAUAUCCAGAAAACUUCGAUCUCAAAGGAACUCUUCGACAGCAAGCCAAUAGCCCCUACUGGAGUGAAACGGUGAAGGCAUUACUCGCUGAAGGCAUCACUCGUCCUCGGAAAGGUCAGGACGUUGGUGACCAUCCUCCUAUCACUCCCAUGCGAUCUGCCACAGAAGCUGAAUUAGGUAGUGAUGGCUGGAGGUUAUAUGAGUACAUCACUAGGCACUUCAUCGCUACAAUUAGCCACGACUGCAAGUAUCUCCAAACCACCGUUACGUUCAGCAUCAAUAUGGAACAUUUUACAUGUGUGGGAAAAACUCUGAUUUCACCUGGUUACACAGCAGUGAUGCCAUGGCAGAGCCUGGCAGAGGAGGAAACCCUUCCAAUCUGUGAGAGGGGAGAUGUAUUUAAUGUAGAUGAGGUUAAGUUGUUAGAAAAACAAACUAAUCCACCUGACUAUCUGACUGAGGCAGAACUCAUCACCUUAAUGGAGAAACAUGGGAUUGGGACGGAUGCCAGUAUCCCUGUCCAUAUCAACAAUAUCUGUCAACGCAACUAUGUCACGGUGGAAAGUGGCCGCAGAUUGAAGCCUACAAACCUUGGCAUUGUCCUCGUCCAUGGAUAUUACAAAAUUGACCAAGAGCUUGUCCUUCCCACCAUUCGCAGUGCUGUUGAGAAACAGCUUAGUCUCAUUGCUGCAGGCAAAGCGGAUUUUCCACCAGUCCUAGAGCAUGCCCUAAACAUCUUCAAGAUGAAGUUCCAUUAUUUUGUGGACUCAAUAGCUGGUAUGGAUGAAUUAAUGGAAGUGUCGUUUUCUCCAAUUGCUGAGACAGGCAAGCCUCUAUCUCGCUGUGGCAGGUGUCACCGAUUCAUGAAGUACAUUCAGGCUAAACCCAGUCGGAUGCACUGUUCCCAUUGCGAUGAUACCUAUAGCUUACCUCAGAAUGGGACCAUCAAACUGUACAAAGAGCUCCGGUGCCCUCUUGAUGAGUUUGAAUUGGUUCUCUGGUCAUCUGGUUCCAGGGGGAAGAGUUAUCCGCUGUGUCCAUAUUGCUACAAUCACCCACCAUUCCGUGACAUGAGGAAAGGAAUGGGUUGCAAUGAGUGUACCCAUCCAACAUGUCAGCAUUCACUUAGUCUGCUGGGGAUCGUCCAGUGCAUGGAAUGUGAGAGUGGUGUGCUGGUGUUUGACCCCACCUCAGGCCCCAAGUGGAGGAUGGCUUGUAACAAAUGCAACGUGGUGGUGCACUUUUUUGAAAACGCCCACAGGGUGAAGGUAUCAUCAGAAACCUGUGAUGUAUGCGAGGCUGCAGUUGUUGAUGUGGAUUUCAACAAGGCAAAGUCACCACUGCCUGGUGAAGCAACACAGCAUUCAGGCUGUGUCUUCUGCGAUCCAGUGUUUCAGAAUCUCGUUGAGCUUCAAUAUGCCAAAAUGAAGCAUCCAAUGCACAGGGGCGGAGGGGGCCGAAGACGAGUACGUGGGAGGGGCAGAGGACGUAGACCUCCAGGCAGGAACAAUCCAAAGAAACCCAAAGACAAAAUGGCAGCGCUAGCUGCUUAUUUUGUGUAAAAGUCAGUAGUCUUGAUCAGCCCAUAUACAGAGGCAUUUUCACUGAAUUUGUGGUCAGUUUAGUCUCUUGUUCCAUUUUGUUCAAUUUUCUUGUUUUAAAUGACUUGGAUGAGCUUCCCUAAUGGCUAAAUUGGAAAGUACAUUACCCAGUGUACAACUGGGCAGAACCCUUUCAGUGCUAUAUUAGCUGUUACCAGCCAGAGCACGAACGGGCACAAGAGUUUCCUUCUGUCCGUCUGGGAUAGAAAGGGAAUUGGUUUGAAGGUUCUUGUUCUUGAAUACUGACCAGGAGCCCCCUUCUGCAUAAUGCGUUUGUGACUGUCAGAUUGACAAUGGCUAUGGUGCCUUUCAAACUUGAAUAUGCUGCCAACAUUAACCAUCUUGUUCAUUAAUGCAGAAUAACCACACAACUAAGUUAGAGGUUUUUACAGAAAAUGCUGAAGUUAUGCAGGAAAUAAUUGUCCAGCCAUGGAAAAAUAUUUUAUUAAAAAUAUAGUGAAAACCAUGAGAAACGAGCUUGGUCAACCUUGCUGACUCAUCUCAGAAUUGAUGCCUCACCUUCCUAUUUGACACAGAAAGCUGGCAUCAUUUCCAAUAGGUGAACACUGUGGAGAAGAGGCACCACUGCAACCAAUUCUCGAAAAUCAAACAGUCUAAACUUUUCUCUUCCAUAUUUAAUGUUAAGGAAACAUUUGUAUUUAUUUAGUGCCUUAUAACAUUUCUCAGAAACGUCUAAAUGAUUUCACACAAUGAAUUACUUGAAAAACAUGAAUGCUGGAAAUCUGAAAUCAAGACAGCAAAUCAACUUGCAUCUAACACAGAGAUUAAAUAUUCCAAUUGAUAUGAACAUAUCUAUUGUUCUUCCACACCGAUUAAGCUGCUAUGAAUUUCCAGCACUUUCUAGUUUUACGAAUAUUCAGUCUGUUUAAUUUCCUAGCAGUUGUUUCAGUUAAUAGUUAGGAUGUGGCAGAAAUUUCAAAACUGCUCUUACUUGAGGUUGUCUGUCAUAUCUAUGACAUCUUUCAAACCUCUCUGCCUAUUCCCAAGGGAGUGUCCUGAUGGUUGUUGUACAAUCAAAUACAAGGAAACUUCUGACAGAUCAAAAAUAUUAUGGAGCUCUGAGUAAGCUGGAAAAAUUUACAUUUAUAUUUGGUUCUACCCUUAGUCUUCCAGUUAAAAUGUAAGGUAUAUUGUGUCCAAGUUAUUUUCUUUUUCUUUUGGUUUUACCUGCCAGUUUUAAAAUUACAGAUUAUGAUAUUCAGUAUGACACUGCCUUUCAAAACAUGGAAAACUGCCAGAGGGAAGGAUACGUGAUUUCUGUAUUAAUGAUAUCGCUAGAACUGAGUAAAGAUCUCAGAAUAUCAGUAUAGAAAAGCUGGGAUAUACAGAAGAAUCAUAGUGAUACAAAAUUUGAUAAUGAUAUUAAAAAGGCCCUGGUUACUGUGAAUACAUGUGUAUAUCUGAAGAAUUACAUAACAUUUUGUUAUACGUGUCGGUUAUUCAAAUAAAAACAUCAAAUUGUCUGUAGUAAUAAUUAUUCACAAAA